GGUCUUGAUUUGUCACUGAAUUCGAUGACGGUAAAAAAUAUAAAAGCAGCUUCUUUUUGGCACUUCUUCUUCUUCCAUAUCAUUAUUUUUGUCUCUCUUCCCCUUUUCUUUAUUUACCGUCAUGUCUGCUGUCAAGGAAAUGAAAACUGUCACUGCUGCUACGACCAGCUCAAAAGUACACCCUCUAGAUCAACUUUCUGGCGAUGAAAUCAUUCAAGUCGCUACUAUUGCACGUCAAGCCAAACCCGAGAUUGACUUUGUAUUCAACACGAUCACCUUGAAGGAGCCCAAGAAGGAAGUAAUGCUCUCUUAUCUUGGUUGGGAUAACUCUAGGCCUCGUGUUACUCAAGUUGAGCGUGAGGCUCUUGUUGUUGCUUUGGAAAAGAAGACCAUGAAAUGCUUUGAAGGCCUUGUCUCGUUGACUCAUGGCAAGCUCAAGUCAUGGAAAUACAUCCCCGACGUUCAGCCUAUCUUGACUAUGGAUGAAAUGUUUGAAGUAGAAGAGCUUAUCUUGAAGGAUGAAAAGGUUCGUCAGGAAUGUCUUGAACUUGGCAUUACGGAUAUGUCUUCCGUCUUUGCAGACCCUUGGGCUAUUGCUCGUCAUGUUGCUCAUCCUGGUCGUGAGAAGCGUAUGAUGCAAGCACUCAUGUACAUGCGUACAUGUGAAGAUGAUAACCAGUAUGCUCAUCCUUUGGAUUUUGUCCCUAUUGUUGAUGUCGGUAAAAUGGAAGUUGUCUCAAUUGAACGCAUCAAGCCUAGAGACUCCAAGUUCCGCCGUCCUACUAUUCCUCGCCAAAACCACAACUUCUUGCCUGAAUUUAUUGGAGAAGAAAACUUUCGAAAGGACGUCAAACCCAUCAUCGUUCAACAACCUGAAGGUGUUUCCUUUACUGUAAAAGGUAACGAAAUCGAUUGGCAAAAGUGGAAUAUGCGUAUCUCCAUGAACUAUCGUGAAGGUCUUGUGAUUCAUAAUGUCAGUUAUCAAGAUGGACCUGAGAAGCGUCCUCUCUUCUACCGUAUCUCACUUUCUGAAAUGGUCGUUCCUUAUGCUGACCCUUAUUCACCUCACUACCGUAAACACGCAUUUGACGUAGGCGAAUAUGGUCUUGGUCUCUGUGUGAACUCUCUUGCUGUUGGUUGCGAUUGCUUGGGUUCCAUCUAUUACUUUGAUGCUACCUUUAAUGAUCAUGAAGGUAAACCUUUCCAUGUGCCUAAUGCUAUCUGUCUUCACGAAGAAGAUCAUGGUAUUCUCUUCAAGCACACGGACUAUAGAAAUGGUAGAGCACACACUGUUCGUUCUCGUCGUUUGGUUAUUUCUCAAAUUGUUACAGUUGCCAACUAUGACUAUGGUCUUUACUACUAUUUUUAUCAGGACGGCUCCUUCCAGUAUGAAGUCAAAGCAACGGGUGAAUUGAACACUCACGUCUUGGCUGAAGAUGAAACACCAGGUGACUAUGGUGUCAUGGUUGCACCUCAAAUCAAUGCACAACAUCAUCAGCACUUCUUCACUAUGCGUAUUGAUCCUAUGAUUGAUGGUGUGAAUAACUCUAUUGCUAAAGUCGAUGUUGAGCGUCUUCCUUAUCCUACUGGCCAUCCUCGUAACGAAUUCGGUAACGGCUUCAAAGCGGUGACAACUGUCUUGCAUGACACAAUCGAAGGUCAACAAGAUGUAUGCUAUGAGAAGGCCCGUUUCUGGAAGAUCAUAAAUGAGAACCGUAUCCAUCCUUAUGCCAAGACCCCUGUUGCCUGGAAGCUCUAUUCUCACAGUCAAACACCAUUCUUUGCUCAAGAUGACUCCGUUGUCGGUCAACGUGCUGGAUUUGCCAAGAAGGCACUUUGGGUGACACCUUACAAUGAAGACCAGAUGUUUGCUGGUGGUUUCUACUGUAAUCAAUCAUCCGGUCAUGACAAUGUUGAAAACUGGGUCAAGCGAGGAGAUGAUAUUCACAAUAAGGAUAUUGUCCUUUGGUUUACAUUUGGCGUCACUCAUCUGCCUCGUGCUGAAGAUUUCCCUAUUAUGCCCGUAGAAAUGUGUGGUUUCUACAUGAAACCCUGUAACUUCUUUAUUGCCAACCCCGGUUUAGACGUCCCUCCCACCAACAAGAAGAUCAACCAGUCUGUUCAUAUUAAUCAAGCACAAGAAGGAGGUUGCUGCUCAACUAAACUCUAAACCACACACUUUACAUAUUCCCCUUUUCAUUUCUUUUUUACACAUGUUGCUGGACAAUCCCUCACCACUUUAUUGUAUAUUUAAAAUAAACAGUUUUAAGAUCUAAUUAAACAGCAGACAAGGUCUUUUUUUU